AUUCCUGCCAUCGCCAAUAUUAUUUUUGUUGUGUGGACAGCAGCUCCCGUUCACAGCGCCGCGGCAGGUUGCGUCUUUGCUUGGAUUUGGAUCUUGGUUGGGUUCCUGACGCGCUGCUCUCCGGUCCGGCUCUGAGCUGUUUGCAGACCUUUGGCAAGAAAGUUUUGAAUCUUCUGACUAAAAGAGCUUGAGAACUGAAGACAGUAUCUGAGCUAAGAGGACGCAAUGUCGGGAACGAUACCGUUCUACCAGAAACACCACCGCCACUAUGAUCGAGGCUACCGUAGCCGAGAGACGGAGUCUGCUAUCAGCAAAUACCAGCAGAGCUCUAGCACUUACUCUUCACAUAGCAGCAAAAGCACCAAGGGCAUCAGAGCUGCCACAUACACGGCUCUAGAUGAGGCCAGGCUGAGCCCUCUGCCAAAGAGAGCCAAACCAACCUAUCUGGCCAUGGACAAGGAGAACCAGAUCAUCGGUUAUGUGGUGCCCAUCUUCAGGGGCAGUCAUGAGUUUGAAAGCGGCCUAUCAGACACAGAGGAAGCGCGUGCUAAAGAGAGCGCCGGCUAUCUGGCUCGCCGUGACCUCUUCGCUAGCGGUGUGGAGUCAGAGCGCAUCGAACACAAGUCCCGCAGAACCAUCAUGAGGGAGUCUGCAGAGCGCAUCUCACUUAGCAAGAGGAUUCAUGAGAACGAAGAGUACCAUAAGCGUCUGAACGAGGACAGCCUGAUGCACACGCCCGAGUUUGUGAUCAAGCCACGAUCCCACACUGUUUGGGAGAAACAGUGUGUGCGGCUGCACUGCACCAUCUCAGGAUGGCCUGAACCACGCGUUGUGUGGUACAAGAACAAUGUUAGCAUUGAUCCGAUGUCCAAGCCAGAGAAGUACAAAGUGGAGAGCAGCUACAGCGUCCACUCCCUGGAGAUUAACAAGUGUGACUUCGAUGACACCGCACAGUAUCGUGUGUCGGCCAUGAACAGCAAGGGCGAGGCCUCUGCUUUUGCUUCUGUUGUCGUCAAAAGAUUCAAAGGAGAAGUUGAUGAGUCUCUGCCAUCUCCCAGAUUCCAAAGCAGAAAGUACGGCUUCGAAGCACCUUGUCUGGAGUAUGGAGUGACAUUCGAGACACACAUCGUGGAUAAGUUUGGUGUGUCUUUUGGACGUGAGGGUGAGACGCUGAGUUUCGGCUGCUCUGUUAUCAUCUACCCGUCCCUGCAGCGCUUCCAGCCUGAGAUAGAGUGGUACAGAGAUGAUAAACUGCUGGUGCCAUCGAAAUGGGUUCAGAUGCACUGGAGCGGCGACAGAGCGACACUCACUCUCUCACACCUCAACAAGGAGGAUGAAGGACUCUACACACUUCGCGUCAUCACCAAAUCUGGCUUUGAGACACACUCAGCGUAUGUCUUUGUCAGAGAUUCUGAUGCAGAGGUUGCAGGAGCUCCUGGUGCUCCUUUAGAUGUUCACAGUCUGGACGCCAAUAAGGAUUAUGUGAUCGUUAGCUGGAAGCAGCCUGCUGUGGACGGAGGAAGCCCCAUUCUGGGAUACUUUGUUGACAGGUGUGAAGUUGGCGUGACACACUGGGCGCAAUGCAAUGACACUCCGGUGAAGUUUGCACGUUUCCCUGUAACUGGUCUCGUGGAAGGACGAAGCUACGUGUUUCGAGUGCGUGCGGUGAAUAAGGUGGGCAUGAGCCAUCCAUCCCGUGUGUCUGAACCAGUAGCCGCUAUGGACCCUGCAGACCGCACAAGAAAGGGUCCCUCUGCUCCUUGGACUGGUCAGAUCAUUGUGACUGAGGAGGAGCCAGUGGAGGGAGUGGUUCCCAGCAGACCUUGUGAUCUCUCAGUCAUUGAGGCCACUAAAAACUAUGUGGUGUUGAGCUGGAAGCCUCCAGGCGACAAGGGCCAUGAAGGGGUUAUGUAUUACGUGGAGAAGUGUGUGUCUGGCACAGACAGCUGGCAGCGAGUCAACACUGAAAUCCCCGUCAAAUCUCCACGUUUUGCUCUUUUUGAUCUGGCCGAGGGCAAGUCUUACCGCUUCCGCGUUCGCUGCUGUAACUCAGCCGGUGUUGGUGAACCAUCAGAACCGACCGAAGCCACCACGGUUGGGGACAAGCUGGAUAUCCCAUCAGCCCCUGGCCGUGUGGUUCCUACCCGCAAUACAGACACAUCUGUGGUGGUUUCAUGGGAAGCGUCACGUGAUGCUAAAGAGCUGGUGGGCUACUACAUUGAGAGCAGCAUUGCAGGGAGCAACACUUGGGAGCCAUGCAACAACAAACCAGUUAAAGUAACAAGGUUUAUCUGUCAUGGCUUGACCACUGACGAGACUUAUGUUUUCCGAGUAAGAGCCGUCAAUGCUGCGGGAAUGAGUGAAUUCUCACAAGAAUCAGAAGCCAUUAAAGUUAAAGCUGCUAUUGGGGGCGGUAUUCUUCAUGCUUCACCCACUCCACCCUACGGCAUCAGUGUGCUGGAGUGUGUGCGGGACUCGAUGGUACUAGGCUGGAAACAACCCACUUUCAUCGGGGGCGCUGACAUCACUGGUUACUUCGUUGAUUACCGUGAGGUCAUUGGUGGAGUCCCGGGAAAAUGGCACGAGGCGAAUAUUAAGUCUAUCAGUGAGAGAGCUUAUAGAGUUUCAGAGCUGAAGGAAAACAUGCUGUACCAGUUCCAGGUACGUGCAGCCAACAUGGCUGGUGUGGGCAUCCCAUCUCUUCCCAGUGAGACAUUCAAGUGUGAGGAGUGGACUAUUGCUGUACCGGGCCCACCCCAUGACCUCCAAGUACAGGAGGUGCGUAAGGACUCUCUGGUCUUGCUCUGGAAACCGCCUGUCUACCAGGGUCGUGAUCCUGUCAAUGGAUACUACAUUGAUAUCAAAGAGGCUGAGGCAGACUUUGAGAUGUGGAGAGGAGUCAAUGAAAAAGCUACUGACAAGACAUUCAAGAAGAUCAAGGAUCUAAAGGCGGGGGAAUCGUAUGUUUUCCGUGUGCGCGCUCAGAACAAGGCUGGUGUGGGAAAAGCAUCAGAUCCUACAGAACCGGUUGAGGCAGUGACUAAACCAGGUACUGAAGAGAUAGUUGUGAAUGUUGACGAUGACGGCAUCAUUUCACUGAAUUUUGAGUGCUCUAACCUCACCGCUGACUCCAAAUUCGUUUGGUCCAAGAACUACGUGGAAAUGGCAGAACCUGAACGCAUGACUUUAGAGACCAAGGGUAACAAGUCCAAAGCCAUCUUUAAAACACCUUCAGAAGAAGACCUGGGUAUCUACUCUUGUUUUGUGACACACACUGAUGGAGCCUCUGCCAGCUACACACUCUCUGAGGAAACUCUAAAAGAACUCCUGAAGAUCAGCCACGACCACAAAUUCCCCAUCAUCCCUCUGAAGACAGAGCUGGCCGUGGAGCUGCUGGAAAAGGGCAGAGUUCGCUUCUGGUUGCAGGCUGAGAAAAUCUCUGCCAAUGGAAAAGUUGAAUAUGUGUUCAAUGACAAUGUGAUCCACCAGGGAGAGAAAUACAAGGUGAACUUUGAUAAAAAUACUGGCAUCAUUGAGAUGUUCAUGGAGUCUCUGAGCAAAGAAGACGAGGGAACGUUCACUUUCCAGCUUCAAGAUGGCAAAGCCACUAACCAGUCCAGUCUAGUGCUGAUCGGAGAUGUGUUCAAGCAGUUACAGAAGGAAUCAGAGUUCCAGAAAAAAGAAUGGAUUAGAAAGCAAGGUCCACACUUCGUGGAGUAUCUUGGUUAUGAAGUCACACCUGAGUGCUGUGUGAGACUGAAGUGUAAGGUUGCUAAUAUGAAGAAAGACUCUGUGGCGCUGUGGUAUAAGGAUGGACGAGAGAUUAAGGUCAAUGAGAAACUGGAUUUCUCUGAAGGAGUGUUGACUUUGGAGAUCGCGCAGAUCUCCAAAAAAGAUGCUGGUAUAUAUGAAGUAGUUCUGAAGGAUGACAGAGGCAAAGACACCUCCACCCUCAACCUCACAGACCAAGGAUUCAAAGACCUGAUGAACCAGGUUUUCAGUGUUAUUGCGAACUCCUCCACUCCUCUGAAGAUCCAGAGCACAGAGGAGGGAAUCCGGCUUUACAGCUUCGUCAGCUACUACAACGACGAGCUGCACGUCACCUGGCAUCACAAGGAUGCUGCGAUUGCAUUCACCGAGCGCAUUAAGAGCGGUGUGGUGGGAGAGCAGCUGUGGCUGCAGAUCUCUGAACCCACAGAGAAAGAUAAAGGCAAAUACGCCAUUGAGUUCUUCGAUGGGAAAGGAGGCUUGCGCAGAACUGUGGAACUGGCUGGACAAGCAUUUGACGAUGCAUAUGCUGAAUUUCAAAGACUCAAGGCUGCAGCUAUUGCAGAGAGAAAUCGUGCGCGUGUGGCAGGUGGUCUGCCUGAUGUUGUGACCAUCCAAGAGGGCAAGUGUCUGAACCUGACCUGCAAUAUCUGGGGCGACCCCGUACCCGAGGUCACCUGGCUAAAGAACGAGCGCGAGAUGGUUUCUAACGAUCACUACAUUCUCAAGUUUGAGUCCGGCAAGUUUGCCAGUUUCACCAUCACCAGCGUCAAUACGUCUGACUCCGGCAAGUACAGCAUCCUGGUAAAGAACAAGUACGGUACGGAGAGCGGCGACUUCACCUUGAAUGUGAUCGAAAGCAUGGGUGAUUUUGGUGUGGUGUCAUAUCUGGCCGACGCAGAUGGAAACGUGAUUGUUGGACCUACAACUCCUCUGCCCACGUGUCGUUCGACAACGCCUUCAACCAGAUCAGUUCCCACAACACCCAGCCCAGUUAUCCCAGCCCUAACAUCAACCCCAGCUAAUACAACCCCCCAAAAUAAAACUAGAGCUACCCCGACCCCCGAAAAUCAAACCCCAAGUACAGAACGUCCCUCAACCCCACCUGCUCAGAUCCCCAAAAAUCAAUCCCCAGGUUCCCCGACCCCUCAAAAUCAAACCUCAGAUACACUGAUCCUCUCAAACCCAGACACACCAUCCUCAAACACAUCCACUCCUCAACCCUCCACCCCCACAGCAGACGAGAAAUCAGCCAAUACAUCAGUGGAUGAGGAGACGAUAACAACGAUGCUGAAAGAUUCUGUAAAUCUGGGAUUAUCCGCUUUAGAGACAGAGCUGGUUGAUACCCUACAUCUCACAGAACAUGUUGCUGGACCAGAGGCCACCACUUCAUCAGAACCAGACGAAUCUACACCAGCUCUUGGAACCGAAAACCAUGAAAAUGUGUGUGAAAAGAAAGAUGAUUAAAAGUGCUUGUGGACACAGUUUAAUUGUAUUUACAUGUUUUAGAACUAGGACAUGAACCAUGCUAGUUAUGGUUUUAGAGAUUUAUUUGAUGAGUGUGUCAUUUCAAAUGCUUGUUCACAAGUGGUUUAGAAAAGUUAGAUGGGAGGUAUAAUUAUAUUUCAAGGCCUUUGUGUUGUCUCCGAAAUAGGCAGAAUAGGGCUAAACAAUAAUAAAAAAAAAAAAUCUAAACCAUCUCUAGAUUAAAGUCAUUAUAAUGCAGGCUUAAACUCGCAGUUUUUCGGAAAAAAAGAAGUCGUAAUAAAAUGUUGAGAAUAAUCACAUAAAAUAUUGAGCAUAAAGUCAUUGUGUUUCGAGAAAAAAAAAAACGUUAAAUUUCGAGGGAAAAAAGUCUAAAAAUAUUGUGAAUAAACUCAAAAUUUUGAGAAUAAAGUCAUUGUGUUUCGAUAAAAAAAAAAAAACGUUACAUUUCGAGUAAAAAAGUUUAAAUAAAAUGUUGAGAAUAAACUGUUAAUGUACAACAAUACUGAGGUGCAAAUAGUAUCUGUCACUAUUUAUAAGUAUAAGUAGCAUUACUAUUUACACUUAAUGCAAAGAUCUGCUGCUUUUACAUAGCGUAAAUAGAAUCACUAUUUUCACUUGGUGUAACAUCGCUAAAAAAAUGCUGCUGUUGUCACUUAGUGUAAAUAGAAUAUAUCAAUAUUUUCAAUAAAACCUUACGGCAUUUCCAUUAAUGGCUGUAUGGUAACAGUCGUUUCGUUCUGUGGAAGGAGGCAUACACAACCAUCAACGAUCCUAAAGUAAUAGCCAGUUUUUCUGGAAACUUUUCUCAUAAUUUAAUGAGUUUCUUGAAGUUUCAAGAUGGUUUCAUUUAUUUUAUUAUUCCUUGGCCCUAAACGCAAAGUUACUCGGGGAGUAUGUUGGAAAAAUAUUUUUCAAAGCUUUUGCGUUCUCUUGCGAAACAUUUGCGUUCCCUUUAGAAACUUUGCGUUUGCUCGCAAAACGUUUUAUCCACCAUAGAUGACUCUUAACAUGGCUGGAUGAAGACAGUGAUAUAAAAAGCCCAAAUUUGGUAUAUAGUUUAUUAAAAAUAGAAACUAUGUACAGGCAAGUGGAUGAACACAGAAUAUGAAGGCAACACGCUGAAAUGUUAUGUUGAAAACGCCUACUUAGCGAGAGAAUGAAUCCAUUUUAUCCUCCCAUCUCAUUUUUAAACAGCACCAUGUCACAAUGCCUUUUUUACUUUUAAGACAUGUUUCUGGUUUAAUUGUGUACAAUUAGUCAUUGCAUGUUACUCCAAAGAAAACCUUUCUAAAUGUAAUUGAUUACACCCACUUUUCACCAUCCACCCAUACAGCCCUUUUGCUGGAAAUCUUGGAAAUAUUUUUUAGUUUUAGCUCGCUGUAUAGUUUUACUGACACUCAUUCACUUAGCAGAUGUUCUAUCUAAAGUAGCUCACAAAAACAAUACAAGCACAAUCUAUUAAUCUAAAAUAUAUCCAUAUGUUAAAUCUAUUAAUCUAAUACAAGUAUUGCUACCAUAACAUUUCACUGAGUACUAGAAUACCAAUUUAAUACAGGAAAAUGUUUUGAAUAUGUAUGCAUGUUUAUAUGUUUGAUUAAAUAAAAUGUAGAACCAAACAACUGAGCA